AUGAUUAAAAUUGAUUUUGAAUAUCAAGCCAAGCAAAUAAACAACUGGUAUGACAACGAAACAUUUCUUAAUCAUAGAAGCCUUGCCGAAUUAUGCCAAAUCUUUGAUUAUUGUUUCUUCUCUACAAAUCAAUUUAUGGAAACGUUUUCCUUUUUAAGAAAAAAGUAUAAAAUUUCUGAAUUACUUUUACUUUCACAACAUGCGAAGAUAAAUUACUUUGAAAAUUCAGAUUCUGCAUUUGAAAUCUUAGAAUUUCUUUCAAUAAUAUUAAACAAUAGAAUAAUUUCAGAUGCAGCAAAGUUUUUACAGCGACAAAAAUCUCAGACAAAUCAAAAUUUAAUUUUGAAUUAUCAAAAAAAGCCAGAGAAUCUCGAUUUAUUUUACGGCAUAUUACUAAAAGCAGCAAAUGAAAAAGAUUUCGAAUCAAUCAGAUUAAUGUCUGAAUUAGGAUUUUUUAAAUUAGAAGGUAAAAAUGGAAAGAAUCUUAUUCAGUAUACAAUUGAGAACCAAAAUAUAGAUGCAUUAAAAUACAUUUGUUCAUGUCCAAAUGUUAAUAUCAAUGAAAUUUAUAUUGAUAAAUUCACAGCAAUUCAAUACGCAUGUUUUAUUGACAAAUUUGAUGUUGUUAAGCUUCUUUGCAAUCUUCCAACUAUUGACAUUAAUAUGAAAUAUGCAAAUGGAAUGACGAUACUCCAUUUUGCCACUGAAAAUGAAAAUAUUGAUAUCCUUGGAUCUAUUUGUUCAGCCCCAAAUAUUGAUCUGAAUUUACAAGACGAUUAUGGAAGAACUGCCCUUCAUUACUCAAUUGAAAAUCAAAAUGUCAAAGCAUCUAUAUAUCUUUCAAAUUUCAGUAAUAUUGAUAUAAAUGCCAAAGAUAAUUAUGGAAGAACUGCUCUUCAUUAUUCAAUCGAUCAUGAUUGCUCUAAAAUUUUUAAAUCUAUUUUAUACAAUCCUAAUAUUGAUAUUAAUAUUGUUGAUCAUUCAAAAAUGGCACCAAUUCAUUUGGCUGCAUUACACAACAAUGAAAAAUUUAUUAAAAUUCUUUGCGCAUCUCCAAAUAUUAUAGUUAAUUCGAAAGAUUCUGGCGGGGAAAACACCUCUUCAUUAUGCAGCUCAGAAUAG